AUGACGUCGCAAUACUUUAGUGUACCAGGUGGUGGUGGUGGAGGUGCGCCAGGUACUGUGUCCGCAUACUUUGCGGCACCCGGGUCGAAAAAUGUUGGUGGUGGUGGUAUGAGUAGUUAUGCUGGUGCUGGUGGUGGUGGUGGUGGUGGUACUACGUCGGCUUACUUUGCUGCACCAGGUAUGGGUGGUGGUGGUGGCGGAUGUGUGUCAGCCUACUUUUCACCAACUGUGAGAGGAGGCGGAGGAGCAGUUCCACAUGGAGAUUAUUCCAAAACAGCAAUUGGCGCGGUUGAUCCAACAAGAACUGCGAUCGGUGCCGUAGAUCCCACAAAAACCGCAAUUGGUGCCGUGGAUCCGACAAGAACAGCGAUUGGUGCAGUAGAUCCAACAAGAACUGCCAUUGGCGCCGUGGAUCCAACAAAAACAGCAAUUGGUGCCGUAGAUCCGACAAGAACAGCGAUUGCAAUCGGUGCCGUGGAUCCGACAAGAACAGCGAUUGGUGCCGUGGAUCCAACAAGAACUGCUAUUGGCGCCGUGGAUCCAACAAGAACUGCUAUUGGCGCCGUAGAUCCGACCAAGACAGCUAUCGGAGCUCCAUCCGCGGCACGAUCAGUGGGUGGAUAUACACCAGCAGCAUCUGGCGGAGGAGGAGUAACGUCUACUUACUUUGGUUUCAGUGCUCUUACACGUCGGCAUAAGUCUUGCACUGCAUCUAUAUUUUUGUUAGGUGGUGGCGGUGGUGGUUGCACCUCAACGUAUUUCGGUAUCGGUGGUGGUGGCGGUGGUAGCAGUGGUGUCAAGUCUUUCGCAGCAGCUGGUGUUGCCUCGACAAAACCCGGCGUAUCUGCGUAUUUCACACCAACCACUAGUGGCGGCGGUGCCCCUGGCACAACCUCAACUUACUUCGCUGUACGAUAA